UUUCUUGAUUCAUUCACAUGCUGAAGACAAGCCAUUGGGUCCGUCCUGCGCUACAUCGUAGUGUCAAAAAUUCUGUUGAUUUAUCAAAGACAAGUAUCAUUCAGGUGGCUCACUUCGUCAGAGCAGUUUGAUGUCGUGGUAGCCUGCUGACACCUGGUGGACAAAGUCGGGUACGACGUGGGCCUCGUUUCCCCGCCCCCUUUUCUACGUCAGAGGCUAUUGCGGAACUAAUCCGGAUCUUCGUCAAGCCAACGACUAUUAGCCGCGACCAGGUCCAGCGUAUCGCGCAAGUUACGUAACAUCAUGCUACAGGUCCUUGGGCGGCGAUAGGAGCACAUAUAAGUGGAUUCGGGAUUCGGGGGUCGGGGGUCGGGAGGGCACCGGUCGUCAUAUCGCUGAUUGGAUGGAAGGAAGCGAGAUGAAGAACCCAGCCGAACCGGGUCGGUCCGUACCGGGUCGUGACACCAGAGACGGCGGCACCCAGACUGACAGCAGGAUACCAGGUCCUGAUCCCAGGCUAUCAAAGGAAAACCUGUUCACCUUGUUGAGUUUGUGGAUGGAGCUCUUCCCGCAAGAGCAAUCCGAAGAAGAUGACCACAGCGAGAUCCGCGGGACGGGUCUGGUGGUGGUGCGGGACGGCAAGGUGGUGGGACUCCUCUGUUCUGGACCCGAGCUCCACGCGGGACAGGCCGCCAUCCUCCAACAUGGUGCCUGCUUGGCUGGCUGUCAGUUGUACUUCUCCCGGCGACCCUGCGCCUCCUGCCUCAAGAUGAUCAUCAACGCCGGAGUCAGUCAGAUCUCCUUUUGGCCCGGAGACCCUGAGCUCAGCAUGCUGAGGCCCGGCUCGGCGAACCACUCCAGCUCCCGCGGUGCGCCCGGCUGCAUCUCGGAGGAGGCCGCGCUGGACGCCGUGGCAACGGAGAAGCUCAAGUCCAACAGCCGCCCCCACAUUUGCGUGCUGCUGCAGCCGCUGGCGCAGGGCCUGGCGCAGUUUGUGGACGAGACUUCCCGGGGCAGCGAUUUCAUAGAGAGAAUGUCCGACGACGAACCGGGGCUGAAUACAGAGGAGCUCUUCAACGGAGAGCGGACGAGACACCUGAAAGCCUUCUCCAGAAGACUGCUGAUCAAGACGCCCGAGCAGCACCGGGACAUUUUGACCCACAUGGGCCUGGAGAACUUCUGCGUGGAGCCGUCCUUCUCCAACCUGAGGCACAACAUGAGGGAGCUGGUGGAGGUCCUGGCGGCGGUGGCGGCCGGCGUGCCACAGCAAGACUACGGCUUCCACAGGGAGCAGCAUUCCACCCCGGAGCAGUCACCGGCCGAGUCCUCCCCGCCCGCCCGCCUCGAGGUGCUGUCCCAGGAAGGGGCUCGCCAUUGCAUCAUCCAAGCCAGGCUGCUGGCUUACAGAACAGGAGACCCAAAAGUGGGCGUGGGUGCCGUCAUCUGGGCCAAAACACCAUCGGCUGCCAGUAAUGGAACGGGGCAUCUGUGCCUGGUGGGUUGCGGGUACAACGCCUACCCAGCAGGCUCCCACUAUGCAGAGUACCCCCAGAUGGACACCAAGCAAGAGGACCGACAGAGACGCAAAUACAGAUACAUCGUCCACGCCGAGCAGAACGCCCUCACCUUCAGGACUCGCCCCAUCAAACCCGAAGAGCCCGCCGUGCUGUUUGUGACCAAGUGUCCGUGCGACGAGUGCGUCCCUCUGAUCAGAGGAGCCGGCAUCGCGCACAUCUACACCAGCGACCAGGACCGGGACAAGGACAAGGGGGACAUCUCCUACCUGCGGUUCGGCGGCCUGAGGAGCAUCGGCAAGUUUGUGUGGCGGAAGAGUCCUGCGGUUGUCCCGGCGUCGCCCCCCCCCCACGCCAAUGGCUGCACGGGCAAGCACAGCAGGCCGGCCGAGCGGGAGAGCCGCAGCAACAAAAAGCGGCGUGCCGACAGUUCCAACGACUCGCCGACGAUGGAACUGGGGGGAAUAAACGCUGCGUCCCGUUGAUGAAUCUGCUGCUGCGCGUUCGUUGCCGUGCCGACCCCGAGGACGGCCAGACUGCAGUAAAGAGGGACAAGCCAAACAAUAUAUUUAAAAUAGUAAUAUGACCUGUGAUAUGUGGAUUUGUCCAUCAUUUUAUUUUUUUAAUGGCUAAAUAAAUGUAUUUAUGAAUCUUUAGCUAUUCCAAAAGGCCACUGCUGUGAGACUUAUUAUAUUACUGAUAUUCAUAGAAUAUCGAAUCAAGGAACUUAUAAAAGAAGUAUAAAGCGGUACUCUGGUGGCAUUACUUGUAUUCAUCAAUCCAGUGUUGAGGAAUAAAGAUUAUGAGCUCCAGUGUAAAUUAAAGCAUAUUUUAAGGAUACAAUGUGUUGAGAAAAUACCACAAGCGCGCACACAAAGCAAGGUUUCCCAUCCUUUUAUUUGUUGUCAAAGUGGUACAAUCGCAUCAAUGUGUAGAACGAGAAAGAGUCGGAUGUCCUGUGCGGAUUCACCGGAUGUGUCUCAACUUGCAGCAUCAAUUAAAUCGCUGCUUUUUUAUUUUCA